UGAUCACGCGUCACAACAAAAAUGGCUGAUUUGGGUCGCUGUCGUCUGCUUACGAAAGAAAUUCUGAAGAAUGAGUUGAUCAAUUCAAUUACGUAUGUGCUCGUGGAUUGUGAUGGCGUCUUGUGGCGGGCAAAUAAUCCCAUCCCUGGCUCGUCAGAAGCGCUAUCUUUGCUUCGAAAACUUGGUAAAAAAGUGCGCUACGUGACCAACAACAGCUCGAAGUCGCGACACGGGUACCUCAGCAAGAUGCAUCAGUUGAAGUUCGAGGCGAGCCUUGACGAAAUAAUUACGGCGCCGUACUGCGUAGUGCUUUACCUGAAGCACGUGAAUUUCACCGGAAAAAUUUAUCUCGUUGGCACCUUUGGUCUUUACGAUGAACUCACUGAAGCGGGAUUUACGACCCUGCCCAUCGGCCCAGAGACCACUGGUCCAGACUGGCUGAAGUUUUGUCUGGAAGAGGUGAAGAUGGAGCCCGGCGUAAAAGCUGUCGUCUGUGGCUUUGAUGAGCACAUUAGCUUCUACAAGUGCAUGAGGGCUGCGACCUACCUGAAAGACAAGGACUGCCUCUUCCUUGCCACUAACACAGACGAGACGUACCCUUGCUCCAACAAGGACAUCGUUGUACCAGGCUCAGGCUGUAUGCUAGCAGCAGUCUCCACGGCCGCUAUGCGUAAGCCCAUAGUUCUCGGAAAACCAGAGCAGCACAUGGUCGAUUGCAUCAAGUACAGUUGCCCGGACCUGGUGCCUGCAAAAACACUCAUGAUUGGAGACAGGCUGAACACGGACAUCCUUAUGGGAUGUCGAGCUGGCAUGAAGACACUGCUUGUGGGCUCUGGCAUCCAUCACCUGGACGAUGUGCGCAAGCUGGUGUCCGAAGGGAAGCACAACGAACUGCCAGACUUCUUUGUGCCAAAACUAGGCGACAUUUUGGAAAUGCUGGCGUAGGCAUCCAUUUGGCUGGGUGACAAAGAAGGCAAAACUUCGGCUGUGGAGUCUCUCAGGAGAGUAAUUUAUAGACGUUACAUAUGCCAUAUAUAUACAGCAUAAACCCUGUUGUACCAUAUGUACAUAGGGUGGAGAUUCACCAGUGACCUUUAUUCGAAGCAUCCCCCUCCCCAACCCCUCGAGAUUGUGUUGGCCUUGUUUCCCUCCACUUCUAGUGGCAGCCAGUAAAAGUAAGUUAGAAGGUG